AUGAGGACUCCGAUUCCCCGCAUCUACCUUGGCAGUAUGACCUUUGCUUGGUCGGGUCAAACGAGUUCCGUCGUGGACGAAUCGGUGGCAUUGGCCAUGGUUCAAAAAUUCUUGCAAUUCCAAGAAACAUCCGACAACGACAAGGUGCCGUUAUUGGACACGGCACGAGUCUACGCCGGUGGCAAGACGGAGCUCAUGGUCGGAGCCGUUCUGGAUAAAUUAUCAGUAUCUGACAGUAAGAGCAGUAUUGUGGUGGGAAGCAAGGCCAAUCCGGCGCUUCCCGGAGGUCUUUCACGAAAAGGCAUUCAAGAGCAAUUGGCCACGUCGUUGGAUGCCAUGGCACUCUCAAGUCUGGGAGAAUAUUACCUUCAUCAACCCGACACGGAACAUUCGUUACUGGAUAGUCUGCAAUGCAUUGACGAAUUGAUCCACCAGCAAGACACAUUGCGCAAUGGUGUGGUCCCCGCCGGACGGUUCAAGGACAAUCCCAAUUAUUUGCCACGAUUUUAUACGGACGCAAAUUUUCAAGCCGUUCAAUUGAUCGAUCAGGCCUGUCAAAAAGAAGGCAUAUCCAUGGUCGAAGCAUCCUAUCGAUGGCUCUUGCGCCAUUCCCAAUUACGACCGCAAAUCGAUGGCAUUUUGAUCGGAGCCUCGUCUUUGACGCAGUUGGACGAAAAUUUGGACAGUUGUACGGCGGCGGCAACACAGGGUCCUCUAUCCGAUCAAUUGCUCGAGGCGUUCGAUCAAGCCUGGGAGCUCACGCAAAAAGAAGGAGCAUUUCCCUAUUGGAGAUCCUACUCGGCCGAUUUUCCCAAUCGAGAAUCGUUGCAUCCUGGGGCGUCGUACACGGUGAAAAAGUAA